CGCGGCGGGGCCGCCCCGGCGCUAGCGGCGGCGGCGACCCAGGAGCCCGAGGGGGCCCCGGCGUCCGGGGAGCCCCAGGCGUCCGGGGGCCCCGGGAGCCCGAGGGGGCCGCGAGGUCCGAGCGCCGGGGAUGGCGGAGGAGCUGCCCGUGGACCUGCGGACGUGGCGGGCGACGGCGGCGGCGGCGCCCCCCCCGGCCGCGGGCCCCCCCCGGCCGCGGCAGCCCGAGGCGUCGCUGCCGCUGCGGAAGCGGCGCUCGGCGAUGCGGGAGGCGGCGGCGGCGGCGGCGGCGGCGGGGGGGGCGGCCGGGACACCGGGGCCCCCCCCGGGCAAAGCGCCCCGCGGCGGCGCCCCCGGCGCGACCCGCGCCCCCCCCGGCCUCGGCCCCCCCUGCCUGGCCCUCGCCUUCCCCCCCCUGCCCGCCGCCUACUACCCAGGGCUGCUGCCCGCGGAGCUGCCGCUGCUGCCCGCGGCUGGGGCCGGGGCCGGGGCCCCCCCGCCGCCGCCGCCGCCGCCGCCGCCGCCUCCACCGCCGGCGCUCGCCUUCCCCCCCGGCCCCUUCGCGCUGCUCGGCCCCGCCGGGACGCAGCUGGCGGCCGAUAUCGCCGCGGCCACGGGGCAGGACGAGGACGGCGACACGGCGCUGCACAUCGCGGUGGCCCAGGGCAACCUGGGGGCCGCCCGGCGCCUCGUGGGGCUCUUCCUGCAGGGCCGCAGGGACCUCGACGUCUACAACCGCCUGCGGCAGACGCCGCUGCACCUGGCGGUGAUCACGACGCAGCCGGCGCUGGUGCAGCUGCUGGUGGCGCACGGGGCCUCGCCCAUGGCGCCCGACCGGCACGGGCGCACCGCCGCCCACCUGGCCUGCGAGCACCGCAGCGCCCGCUGCCUGCGCGAGCUGCUCGCCGCCCCCGGCGCCCCCCCCGACCUCGAGGCCCGCAACUACGAGGGGCUGACGCCGCUGCACGUGGCGGUGGGCGCGGGGGCGCGGGAGCCGGCGCAGCUGCUGCUGGAGGCCGGUGCCGACGUGGACGCCGCGGACAUCAAGAGCGGCCGCUCGCCGCUGCUGCACGCGGUGGAACGCGGCAGCCUCGACAUGGCCCAGCUCCUCAUCCAGCGGGGGGCGCGGGUGAACGCGCAGUCGUACGCGGGGUGCACGGCGCUGCACGCGGCGGCGGGCCGGGGGCUCCUGGGGCUGCUGCGGCUCCUGGUUCGCAGCGGCGCCGACUGCGGCGUCAAGAAUUACCACAACGACACGGCGCUGGCCGUGGCCAAGAACCGGCAGGUCAUCGACAUCCUCCGGGGAAAGGCAUCCCGGCCCCCCCCGGCCCCCCCCAGCCCCGAUGGCCCCCCCGGGGCCCCCCGGACCCCCAACGGCCGGGCCAGCGCCUCCCCCGGCUCCCCACCAGCGGCCCCCAGCCCCCCCCACACUCCCGGCACCACCACAGCCAAUCAGAGUCCAGAAGCCGAAGACCCGGCCAAUGGGGCGUCGACACCAGGGCCCCGCCCCCCGGUGAAGCAGGAGGGUGGUCUGGCCCCGCCCAACCCAGGGCAGCCAAUGGGGUGUGCUGGUGGCCCUGCCCUUGCCCUGCCAUUGGCUGAUGCCCUGCUGGACCCCACCCACCAUGGCAGCCUCUACCCAAUGGCGUUGCCCGGCCAGGAGGCCGUGGCCAAUCCCCUCUCUCCGCUGCUGCCUGGCCCCUACCACAGGCCAAUCCUCCCGCUGGGGCUGGGGCCGCCGGCCAAUCAGGGGCCACUGCGGAACGACCAAGCACGGACGCUGCAGGGCGGGGGCAGCCCCCCCCCGGGGGCCCCCGACGCCCCCCGGCUCCGCCCCCGGGAUGGCCGGGGCCACGCGGGGGGGGCAGGUGACCGCAGGCCCAGGCGUCCGGGGACCCCGGUGUCCAGGGGACAGCAGGGACCCAGGCGUCCGGGAAGGACAUGUGACCCCACGUGGGACGGGGCCCAGGCGUCCGGGCCCCAUCCAGGAGCAUUAACCCCCCCCGGGGGGUAAUUUAUUGCGGGGGGGGGGGAAAAUCUUGUACAAUGGUGGAUUAAAGCGGGAUUUUUUUUGGCUAA